AUGGCUUCACCCGCUUGCGCCGUCCCGGCCGGGAUGGAAAACUUCGUCGUCGGUCUGAUUGGAAUGGGCGACAUGGGCAAGAUGUACGCCGAGAGGCUGUCUGCCGCUGGCUGGAGAACCGUCCCUGUGCUCUCGAUGAUGUUAACCCUUGCUACCUUAACUAUACUUUUGGCUAACGGCGGACCUAGAAUUCUGGCCUGCGACAGGGAAGAGAACCAGGAACAGCUACAGAAAGAAUACGCUGGAAAUAAAAAUAUAGAAAUUUGCCUCAAUGGUCAUUAUGUCUCCCGCGCAAGCGACUACAUCAUUUAUAGCGUCGAGGCCGGCGUCAUUGAUCGUGUGAUUUCCCAGUAUGGACCAUCCACCAAGCUCGGCGCCAUCGUGGGAGGCCAAACAUCAUGCAAAUCUCCCGAAAUCAAAGCCUUCGAGGCCCACCUCCCUGCCGAUGUCUCCAUCGUCUCGUGCCACUCGCUGCACGGCCCCAACGUCGAUCCCUUCAACCAACCGCUGGUCCUCAUUCAGCACCGCGCCCCAGAUGAGGCGCUCCACAAGGUCGAGGCCGUCCUGUGCUGUCUCCGCUCCAAGUUCGUGUACCUGACGGCGCUGGAGCAUGACCGCAUCACGGCCGACACCCAGGCCGUCACGCACGCCGCCUUCCUGUCGAUGGGCAAGGCGUGGCACGCGAACAAGCAGUUCCCCUGGGAGCUGAGCCGCUAUGUCGGCGGCAUCGAGAACGUCAAGGUCAAUCUGAUGCUGCGCAUCUACAGCCAGAAGUGGCACGUCUACGCCGGACUCGCCAUUCUCAACCCGGAGGCCCGCGAGCAGAUUUCCCAGUACGCCAAGAGCGUCACCGUGCUGUACAAGUUGAUGCUGGAGGGCAACCUCGAGGGCCUGCGUGAGCGACUCUACAGUGCCCGUGACAAGGUCUUUGGCCCUUCUAACACCUGGGACACGCGCCCGCUCCUCGAGCCCUCCAUCCUCUCAUCUUUCUCCCUAGGCACCCCCACUGACGAGCCACGUCCUAACAACCAUCUGUCGCUGCUCGCCAUGGUCGACUGCUGGGCGGCCCUAAACAUCGUCCCGUAUGACCACAUGCUCUGCAGUACGCCGCUGUUCCGCCUCCGUCUCGGUGUCACCGAGUACCUGUUCCGCAACGAGGACGUGCUCGAUGAAGCGAUCCGCACCGCUGUCGAGGACAAGACGUACCGGAGCGAUGACCUCGAGUUCACCUUCGCUGCGCGCGGGUGGGAGGAGUGUGUGAGCCUGGGACACUUUGAGACGUGGGAGAAGCGCUUCGUGAGCACGCAGCAGUUCUUCGAACCGCGGUUCGAGGAAGCCAAGGUCGUGGGCAACCAGAUGAUCAAGAAGGUGCUGGAAAGCUUGAAGGAUGAGCCCUAG